AAAUUCACUUUAAAUUUUUUUUCAAACGAAAAUUGAUGGGAAGUUAAUUAUCUCAGUUAAACCAAAAUUCAAACAACAAUAGCAUAUUCCUAACAAAAACAGAGUUCUCUCUUCCCAUACCUUUCUUUCUCCUCUCACUCACUCCGCCGGCUUUGCAACGGUUCGCCGUAGCUCUUCGGCGGAGAUUGAAGUCUUCCAUUUUUCUCUUUCACUUCUUCCUUGUAUUUUUCAUUUCAAUAGUCGCGGAGAAUACUCUACAAAGGAAACAAAAUGAUUGGGUGCUUUCUCUCCAGAGGACUUGUGAUGAUUUUUGGAUAUGUAUGUCCAGCUUAUGAGUGUUUUAAAACAUUGGAGAGGAAUAAACCGGACAUAGAGCAACUCCGUUUUUGGUGCCAAUACUGGAUUUUAGUAGCUGUAAUGACGGUCAUGGAGAGGUUUAGCGACGCCUUUGUUUCAUGGGUUCCGAUGUACAGUGAGGCUAAAUUGGCGUUUAUAAUAUUCUUGUGGUACCCUAGGACAAAGGGAACAACAUAUGUUUAUGAUUCCUUCCUUAAACCGUAUGUUUCAAAGCAUGAGACCGAAAUUGAUCGCAACUUACUGGAAUUAAGGACGAGGGCUGGGGAUUUGGCUUACAUGUAUUGUCAUAUGGCAGCCAGCUAUGGUCAGACGAGAAUUUUUGAAGUUUUGCAGUAUGUUGCAUCGCAGUCCACCCCAAGGCCUCGUGCUAGACAGCCACAGCAUCCAGCAAGAAAAACCCAGCAACCUCCUGCUGCUACCAGAGACACUGCUACAGCUGCUGCUGCUAAAAUUGUUCCUGCUUCUGCUAAUGCUGCUACUGCGGCUGCGGCUGCUGCUACUGCUGCUGCUAAAAUUGUUCCUGCUCCUGCUAAUGCUGCUACUGCGGCUGCGGCUGCUGCUACUGCUGCUGAUGUUAAUGCUACUGCUACUGCUGCUGAUGCUGAUUCUAUUGCUACUGCUGCUGCUGAUCCAGUAACAAAAGUGCAAGCUACAACACAGGUACAAGACGAAGAGCCUAUGUCUCCUACUUCAAGCACAUCUUCCAGUGAAGACCAAGAGAUGGAAGAGGAGCCCACCUCUACCAAAGAAACAUCUGCUUCUGCACCCCCUUCACCAGCCCCAAGUACUCUAAAGAAGUUGGUGUCAAUGCCUCAUGGACCCAAGUGUUCUAGCCAAUCAACAAUUAACAAUGCUGAUUCCGCUCAGAUUGUUACAGCUUUCACCGCUGAAAAAUCACCAGCAAAGCGUUCAGCACCUCCAGAAGAUACAGUAAUGGAAGAAACUAUUCGAGUAACCCGAGGAAGAUUGAGGAAGACCAGGUCCACUGUAACGAAAUAAACGACUUGUGCCACACUUCAUUCUCCUUUUCAAAUGUUAGUAAACUAGCUGUAUGUUGGAUAUGCACCAUGUAUUUAUUUAAUAUGAAAAUAUAAAGGUGGGAAAGCUAGGGGGAGGUUCAUGUUGUAUAUUUGUUACUUGCCUUCUCAACAAAAGAAAAUAAAUCGUUUCUUAUCUUGAUUUCUCUG